CUAAUCUUAUAUUUUCUACGAUACGGCCAAUCAAAAAUUGCAUACCAUUAUACUAUUUGUUUUUUUUUGGUUUUAUACGAGACAUAACAUAAUGAAUAAAGAUUAUAAUACGAAGUAGAACAGUAAGUAAUUUUGAAAAAAGUAAGUAAAGUUAAAGAAUGAUGAGAGUGGAAAAUGGAAUGAGUUUUUCUUUUGUUUGCUUUGCUUUGCUUUCCCCACACAAGCCAUAAUGCCUUAACCAACAAAAGCCAGACCAUUAGACGCACUCCAUAAUCAUCAUCACCUUCAUCAUGACUUCUUCUUCUUCUUCUUCUCUUCACUUCCUCCUUCUUCUUCAAACCCUUAUAUCCACCGUUGUCUAUCCUAACACACAAUCUCACCACCACUCUUCAUCCCACUGUUUCACUUUCAUCUCCUCCUAAUUCCAUGAUGGACAAGAUGAACACUUCUCCUUCUCUUGUUCAUCUCCUCCUCCUCCUCCUUCUUCUUCCUUUCUUCGCCUUCAAUUCCUUAGCUCUCAAGGUUUCACCUCAGCUCUUAUCUCUCCUUUCCCUCAAAUCAUCUCUCUCUGGCCCUCCUUCCGCCUUUCAAGACUGGAAAAUCCCUACUGAUGCUCAAAACGACGCUGCUUUGUGUUCUUGGUCUGGUGUAGUUUGUGAUAAUGUAACGGCUCAAGUCAUUUCUCUUGACCUCUCUCACCGGAACCUCACGGGUCGUCUUCCUCCAAAGAUUCGUUACUUUUCGAGCUUACUCUACUUGAAUCUCAGUGGGAAUUCCUUGGAAGGCUCGUUUCCGACUUCUAUCUUUGAUCUCACCAAGCUCACUACCCUCGACAUCAGCCGUAACUCGUUUGACUCUAGCUUUCCUCCCGGAAUCUCCAAGCUCAAGUUCUUAAAGGUCCUCAAUGCCUUCAGCAACAACUUCGAAGGUCUAUUGCCUAGUGAUGUGUCUCGUCUUCGUUUUUUGGAAGAGCUAAACUUUGGUGGGAGUUACUUCGAAGGAGAGAUUCCUGCUGCUUACGGUGGUUUACAGAGAUUGAAGUUUAUUAAUUUAGCCGGAAAUGUCCUCGGAGGUGAACUACCUCCGAGUUUAGGGCUCUUAUCGGAGCUCCAACACAUAGAGAUCGGUUAUAAUCACUUCAACGGAAGCAUACCCUCGGAGUUUUCGUUACUCUCCAAUCUCAAGUACUUUGACGUUUCCAAUUGCAGCCUCUCUGGUUCUCUGCCUCAAGAACUCGGAAAUCUCACAAAGCUGGAGACAUUGUUGCUAUUCUCAAAUGGCUUCACUGGUGAAAUUCCGGAGAGUUAUAGCAACUUAAAAGCCCUCAAGUCUCUCGAUUUUUCGAGUAAUCAGCUUUCUGGUAGUAUCCCAUCAGGCUUCUCAAGCUUAAAGAACCUCACAUGGCUGAGCUUAAUCAGCAAUAAUCUCUCCGGUGAAGUCCCUGAAGGAAUUGGUGAGCUUCCUGAGCUAACCACAUUGUCUCUAUGGAACAACAACUUCACCGGAGUUUUGCCACAAAAGCUCGGAUCAAACGGCAACCUUGAGACUAUGGAUGUCUCUAACAACUCAUUCACCGGCACAAUCCCUUCUUCUCUCUGCCAUGGAAACAAGCUAUACAAACUCAUCCUCUUCUCCAACAUGUUCGAAGGUGAAUUACCAAAGAGCUUAACUCGAUGCAACUCUCUAUAUCGGUUCCGGAUUCAGAACAAUCGAUUAAACGGCACAAUUCCGAUCGGAUUAGGCUCUCUGCCUAACCUCACAUACGUUGAUUUGAGUAACAACAGAUUCACCGAUCAAAUUCCGGCGGAUUUCGCCACCGCACCUGUACUUCAAUACUUGAAUCUCUCUACCAAUUCCUUCCACAGCAGAUUACCAGAAAACAUAUGGAAAGCUCCGAAUCUACAGAUCUUCUCAGCUAGUUUCAGCAAUUUGAUCGGUGAAAUCCCAAAUUACGUUGGUUGCAAAAGCUUCUACAGGAUUGAGCUACAAGGAAACUCACUCAACGGAACGAUUCCAUGGGAUAUCGGACAUUGCGAGAAGCUUCUCUCUUUAAACCUCAGCCAAAAUCAUCUCUCCGGGAUCAUUCCUUGGGAGAUUUCAGCUCUUCCGUCGAUCGCCGACGUAGAUCUUUCUCAUAAUUUCCUAACCGGAACCAUCCCUUCCGAUUUCGGAAGCUCCAAGACGAUCACAACCUUCAACGUUUCGUAUAAUCAGCUCAUCGGUCCGAUUCCAAGCGGUUCGUUCGCUCAUCUGAAUCCGUCCUUCUUCUCCUCAAACGAAGGUCUCUGCGGAGCUAUCGUUGGAAAACCUUGCAAUUCUGAUAGGUUUAACGGCGGAGAUCGAGAUCUAGACGGUCAUCGUAACGACCAGCGACCGAAGAAAACCGCCGGGGCUAUUGUUUGGAUACUGGCGGCGGCGAUUGGAGUUGGAUUCUUCGUUCUCGUCGCCGCAACUCGAUGUUUCCAGAAAAGCUACGGAAACAGAGUCGACGGUGGUGGAAGAAAUGGCGGAGAUAUAGGACCGUGGAAGCUAACCGCGUUUCAGAGACUUAAUUUUACGGCGGAUGAUGUGGUGGAGUGUCUCUCAAAGACAGAUAACAUCCUCGGAAUGGGAUCAACGGGAACAGUGUACAAAGCAGAGAUGCCUAACGGAGAAAUAAUCGCCGUUAAAAAACUAUGGGGGAAAAACAAAGAAAACGGCAAGAUCCGUCGGCGGAAGAGCGGUGUAUUGGCGGAGGUCGAUGUUUUAGGGAACGUACGGCACCGGAACAUCGUUCGCCUCCUUGGUUGCUGCUCGAAUCGAGAUUGCACGAUGCUUCUGUACGAAUACAUGCCUAACGGAAGUUUAGACGAUCUGCUACACGGUGGUGAUAAGACGAUGAACGCGGCGGCGGAAUGGACGGCGUUGUAUCAGAUCGCGAUUGGUGUGGCUCAAGGGAUCUGUUAUCUCCACCAUGACUGUGAUCCAGUGAUCGUACACCGUGACCUGAAACCUAGCAAUAUUCUACUCGACGGAGAUAUGGAGGCGCGUGUGGCGGAUUUCGGCGUCGCGAAGCUGAUUCAAACCGACGAAUCCAUGUCCGUCGUCGCCGGAUCGUACGGUUACAUUGCACCAGAGUAUGCUUACACACUACAAGUGGAUAAAAAGAGUGAUAUCUACAGUUACGGUGUGAUUUUACUGGAAAUCAUCACCGGAAAAAGGUCGGUCGAACCAGAGUUUGGUGAAGGCAACAGUAUCGUGGAUUGGGUUAGAUCAAAGUUGAAGACUAAAGAAGAUGUAGAAGAAGUUCUAGACAAAAGCAUGGGUAGGUCGUGUAGUCUAAUAAGAGAAGAGAUGAAACAAAUGUUGAGAAUCGCCUUGUUGUGUACGAGCCGGAAUCCGACAGACCGACCGCCGAUGAGAGAUGUGUUGUUGAUCCUUCAAGAGGCAAAGCCGAAGAGGAAGACAGUAGGAGGAGAUAAUGUGAUCGUUCUUGGUGAUGUUAACGAGGUCAAUUUCGAAGAUGUUUGUAGUGUUGGUGGUGGUAAUGUUAAAUGUCAAAAGAUUGGAGUUUGAUUUGUUUAUAUAUAUAUCUUUGUAUUUUGGAGUUUUCAAUCUAGUUGUAGACUUCUCUUUUUGUAAGGGUGUUAGCGUGUAUAUAUAUGAGUGUAUUUUUUGCUUUUGUUCUUCGUCUUCUCUCUUUGGGUUAUAUGAAUGAGAUGUUUCGAAUUUUUGCUU